AUGCAACUUGAGCUGGGGGAAGAUCAGCUUCAGAAAUACAAACCCCUGCUUCGGGAGCAGCUCAAAAUCAGCACUGCCGUCGGCGAUCCAAAUGCCCAAGGUCAGCGAAACGAGUCCCUUGCUUGGUUCUGGUCAGUCGAAGUCGACAUGGGGGGUCCUGAUCACUCGUGGAAUGAGGAAUUUUACCGAGUGCAUUGGCUUCAGGGCAAAGGCCCUACGGGAUUGAUGGAAGGAAGAAAUGAUGUUGGUCCAAUUUGA